CCGCAAUUUCUUCAUUCUCUAGACGAUUUGCUGUCGACGUAACCAUCGCAUCUCGUCACUAACUUUUACUUAUUAAUUUAAAACGAAUUUCCUAAUGAUGUUGAAAAAAACCGGGCACUUAAUAAAACAUGUAAAGUUAAUUAGACACUUUAGUAAUGAGGCCUUCGUUAUCGGAACUAGACCAGAUGUCGAAUCUCCAACGUAUCAGGAGAAUUAUCAUGAAAUGAAAAAACUUGUCGACACUUUGAAAUCGACGGUUCAAACGAUCGUCGAAGAUGCCGGUGGACAGAAAGCACGGGAGAGACAUACCAGCAAAGGAAAAUUGCUUCCUCGAGAACGAAUCGAUGCUCUAGUGGAUCCGCAGUCUCCGUUUUUGGAAUUUUCUCAAUUGGCUGGCUACCAAAUGUAUGAAGAUCCCGUUUCAGCGGGAGGAAUUAUCACGGGAAUCGGUCGUAUCGAAGGGCAAAAAUGUCUGAUAGUAGCGAAUGACGCAACAGCAAAAGGAGGAACCUAUUACCCGAUUACUGUAAAAAAACAUCUACGAGCCCAAGAAAUCGCCAAAGAAAAUCGUCUUCCCUGCGUCUAUUUAGUCGACAGCGGUGGCGCGAAUCUGCCUCAUCAGUCUGAAAUAUUUCCGGACAAAAAUCACUUCGGUAGAAUUUUUUACAACCAAGCAAACAUGAGUGCCGGGGGAAUUCCCCAAAUCGCGGUGGUUAUGGGCAGCUGCACAGCCGGGGGUGCCUACGUACCGGCGAUGGCUGACGAGAACAUAAUCGUCGGUAACCAGGGAACUAUAUUUCUUGCUGGUCCACCACUGGUACGAGCUUCCACUGGGGAAAUAGUGACUGCUGAAGAGUUGGGCGGAGCUGCACUCCAUUGCCAAACUUCGGGUGUAACGGAUCACUUUGCCGUCGACGACACACAUGCGCUUCAUAUCGCGAGGAAAAUCGUCAAGGGUUUGAACCCACAGUCGACGGAAAUCAACGCCAGCUCGACGAUUGAUGUUCCCGAGCACAACAUCGACGAAAUUUACGGAAUCGUCGGCGCGAAUUUGAAGAAACCCUUCGAUGUAAAGGAAAUAAUCGCGAGGAUCGUCGACGGCUCGCGGUUUUUUGAAUUCAAACAACAAUUUGGCGCCACAUUGGUCACGGGGUUCGCUCACAUUCAUGGUUACCCUGUUGGAAUUGUCGCCAAUAAUGGGAUCCUGUUUUCCGAAAGCGCGUUGAAGGGCGCGCACUUUGUCCAGCUCUGCUCGCAGAGGAAAAUUCCGCUGAUUUUCCUGCAGAAUAUCACUGGAUUCAUGGUGGGAAAAGACGCAGAGGCUGGAGGCAUCGCCAAAAAUGGGGCGAAAAUGGUGACCGCGGUUUCUUGUGCCAGAGUUCCGAAGAUAACUGUGAUAAUUGGCGGGUCCUAUGGCGCGGGAAAUUAUGGAAUGUGCGGAAGGGCUUACUCGCCGAGGUUCAUGUACUCGUGGCCGAACGCGAAGAUCUCGGUGAUGGGAGGCGAACAAGCUGCUGGUGUUUUGGUCCAAAUAGCGAAGGAACGACGCCAGAGGGAGAAUAAAGUCUGGAGUCAGGAAGAAGAAGAUAAAUUGAGGAAGAAUAUCACUGAGCGAUUCGACGCUGAAGGCAGCCCUUAUUAUUCUUCGGCCAGAUUGUGGGACGACGGCGUGAUCGACCCAGCAGACACGAGAAUGGUGAUCGCGUUGAGUUUGGCCGCGUGCCUCAACGCCCCGAUCCCCGAAACCAACUUCGGAAUUUUCAGGAUGUGAAGGAACAAAAAUUAACACAGUUUAAAAAUGUUGAUUUAAAAAUAAACUUUUGGUCUUGAACUAGACAAACUUUACAAUACUUGAUAUCACUGGUGAUUUAAGAUUACUAUUUUUUUACUAACCCGUUUUGCCCUUCAGCUCUAUAUAUUUUUGACAUUCAACUAUUGAUCUCAAACUUGAUACUCCGUGAUAACUUUUAGUCUUGUGCAAUUUAAAAUUGAGAAAUUUUCCAUCGUAAUUUAUUUUGCACAGUAGUAGUUUACAUUUAUUAGUUUAUGAGAUAAAUUUUAUGAGAAAAACACAUUUAUCAUCGGAAAUGUCAAAGGACAUAACAGUCAAUAUAUAAAAGUCAGCAAUCCGCGGAUCGGUUACAUAGCAGCUUGCAGAAUAAUCGCUUCAAGAUAUAAAAUAACAAAAUGUUGAAAAUAACUUUAAUAUUAUCAAUUUUCGUAUUGGUCGUUAUCUGUUCUGGUGCGUAUGCAGCAUGUCCUGGUGGUUGGUGUGAUGAAGCACAUGGAUAUGGCUGUUGUGAAGGAAAUAGAUGCAAUUCAGAUCUGGGUCAAGGUACAUGCGUAACCAAUGAGGAAUACGAACAAAUUCUCGGUCCAGUAGGUUUAAUAGGAAAAUAAUUACGACAAUACAGUGAAGAUUCAUAAAUGUAUUUUAUCAAUCAAUAAAAAUCUCUGAUUUACAGAAAAAUUUUUAAA